AUGGACGAUUUGCAGAAGGUGUUUGUGCCUAAGCUCGCGAACUUCUUAACCCAAAUUGAGUUGUCAGUUGACGCUAGGUUCUGUCAGCUACUUCGUGAAGUUGAACUGACUUUAGAAGCCAUUCUGGCAUCUGUGUCAGGCGAUUUAGGUCUGUUAGAGGACUCCAAUGAGGGAAGUUUGUUCUCCUCUCUAUUUGAUUCUUUUUGGCAAUCGAUGUUUUUCUCGCGGAAGGAAUUCUCGUGCCUUUCUACGGUCUGCCGUCAAAUCAUCGACAGAAUCAGAAGCCUCCAGUGCUUCAUCUUGAUUCGAGCUGGUCGUCUUGACGACCGCUGUCUCUACGCUUCUGGUUGUCAAAGUGACAAGCACUUUAUGCGGCAGAACCACAGUCGCCUCCUGACAAGCGUCUCCAGUCUCAGCAGGUCUCCUAGCAACGCUCCCCUACUCCUGCUAGCUGCUGUGUGCGGUUCAGCGUUUGCUACGACUCCGGCUGACCUAGCUACGGCAUCAAAUUAUGCUGCCGUUGCAAUCCAAGAACUCGACGUCUUUGGCUAUCUCUGCGAUCUCCUCUGUGAACCCAAACCCCUCACCAUGGCAGCCAGGACCACCUCCUUUGCGUCGUCGCCUUUUGAACUGUUUGUCAUCCCGGAGAGCUUGAGUGUUGUCAGCCUCUGCAGCCAUUUGGCCGUCUUCGACUUGCUCACACUCAUGGCAAGUCAAAUUGCUCUCGACUCCCUUGGAAGUCAUCGCAACACCUUCAUUCGACUCUUGGCUAAAACUCUCUCCGUGGUUGUUCAGUGCCGCGGCGGCGGCGACGCCGGUGGCGGUAAGGACGGUGGCAAGACACUGCAACCCGCGGGAAUCGGUGAACGCGUUCUUGCCAUCGUAGAAGACCUUGCACAGCGUUUCCCGGUUGACCUCGACUUCCUGCACCUCUGUAUCGCCCUGCUUAACACCAGCGGCAGCUGCGCAGCAGCCAAUGAAAACGACCAGGACAUGGCCCAGUUGGUCACCCAACUUAUAUCCAGUGUACCCUACUUCGCGCAGCCCAGUGACCCGACAACUCUCGAGGAUCUCGCUCAUGUUCACGACUCGGACGUGAAUGGUUCUGGGACAGUAAGUCUCAUUCGCCAGCACUGGGUUCUUCCACCUGAUUGGUUGGAUGUAGGGACAUGCGCCAAGUACAAAAAAGGCUCACAGAAUCCGUUAGCCAUCUGCCUACCCGCUGGCACUGUGGGAUUCCUCAGACAAGAGGGGAAAGUUGUCGUGUGGCAGCACGAGUACUCUGUGUGGCCCGUGCUCAAUGCAAUAGUUGCGUCUGCAGAGCACGUGCUUUCACGCGAGAACGCCGAACAAGCCGCUAGUUCUCCAGAACUCACUUCGUCGGAGUGUUCCGCGUCAAUUUCUGCCUUUCCCGACCUGCCAACUGCGGUGUCGCGUCUCGUCACGUGUCUGGACUUUGUAAACGCCUGUCUUUUGACGAAGAUUGAACCCGUUCGGUGUCUGGUCCUAACAGAUGUCGUGUGGGGUCUGGUGACGCGGGUGUUCACCGAGUACCUCAGCGCCGAACGCGAAACACCUGUCGGCCAGUUGCUGGCCAUGCUGGCGGCCGACCACUUGCUGCCCUGUCUCAUUCGUCUGACGGCAAGCUCAGCAGCCUAUGCUCUUACGCCCAGCACAGACGGCGACCAGGUGGCAGAGCUGUUCAAUAAAUUGUCAAAUUCCGUGUUCCGGAGGCUGCUUGUUGACCGUAUACUUCUCCCUGCGGCGGUUCCUGCAAACGCCGCGAGUAGCCAAUUAGCCCAGCAGGUUGGCACCUACACAUUGAGCGAUUCGUGCUUCCUUCGUUUCGUCGCCUUGUCAUCAUCAUCUACGACGCCGUCGUGGAUGACAGCCGAAGCGUCGGCGUCUACUGCCUACCGACUCGUCUCUUCGUAUCUUGACUUGGCGCUGAGCCUUCUCUCAGCUGAGAAAACCGCCUUCUUUUCGGACUCUGAUUCCUUCUCUAGUGAUGUCCUGGAGGAGGACCUAGUGGGCGAUGAGACGCGCAGCCCUCUCCUCGCCUGUCUUGUCUUCUGCUUCGAGUUCCUCAUCGAAGCCGGUGGAAGCAAUGGCGCGUCGGGCUUUGCGAUCAUUCCGAAAUUACUUCAAGGCUCUCCGGACAGAGGAAUCGGCAUAUUGUGUCUAGUCAACAAAGCUCUCCUCUUUCUGGUUGAACUUCUGACCUCUUAUUCACCCCCCGAUCACGACGACGGCGACGGCGAUGAUGUUGAAAAGAAGGGCAAAUCUGACUCCUCUACCUCCCCUUCAUGCCUCGCACCUCUGCGUUUCCGUGACCUUCAGGCCUACGCACAUCGCGUCCUCUCCAGCUCGCGACCUCUCAUGGAUUGUCUGGUCUCCCUCACAAGUGUACCGGCCUCCUCUCUUCCAAUAUCCCCACAAUCUGCUGAGUUUGAUUUUCUGCGCUUUUCAACACGUCCGGAAGACGAGCAGAUUGGAGGCGCGUCGGCAUUGGGUCAGCAUCGUGUGCAGUCCACGUGGUUGGCCUUCACCCUGCUUCACAGUGUCUUUCCGUCGGACCGCAACAAUUCAUCACCACUCCUGAAGGCUCUCAACACGGUGGGUGAUCUACGAGCGUGCAACGACGAUGUUGCCAUGCCAUACCUCCUCAAGGUCCUCACAUUCCUCGAUGUCAGUUGUGGAGUCGGACUAACCCGGGCGGCGGUGAAUUUACUCAAAAAGAUGAUUCAGUUUCCAGGGAAAUUGGUUACGCCGUACCUGCAUGACAUUCAACCGGAGUUGCAACAGCUCAUUUUGGUGCGACUCUCGUCGCCAACAGAGGACCAGAUCACCCGAACUGGCCUCUAUGAUUGGCUAUCCGUAGCCGUCCUCUAUGACGUCAUCAAUGGCCUUGCGAUUGCGCCCUUCAGUGGACCUGGUUUCACGCUCGUUAGGAUGCUCUCGUCUUACGCCUCAUCGGGUGACGACGACGCAGGUGCGCACGUUGGGAGCCUACGCGACGGUGUUAUUGCUACACUCGACUUAAUUGCGGUGAGAUUUGUACUUCAAGCUUCGGUGUUGUCCUCACCACCACCACCACCACCACCACCACCACCACCACCACCACCACCACCACCACCACCACCACCACCACCACCACCACCACCAAUUUUCCUGCUUCACCCCAACUUCUGGCAGUCUCUCAGCAAGCCAUUUUUCAAGCACAUGGCAUCCUACGAGUCUUCUAAGAUGACCAUGUCGAUAGUGGAUCUGGAGAUAUCGGGACACUUUGCCACGAUCUUGGCCGUGGAGUUAUUUGAAGCACUCAAACUCUCCGACACUCCGGACGACCGAUUUAUUGCCGCUUUGAAGCAAUUUACAGAGCAGCUCUUUCUGCCAUGGCUAGAGUGGGCUUUUCGUGGCCUUGAGACGAGCAGUGGCGGGGACAACGGCCUUCCUCCGGCAGUCGCCUCGGCACUUGCCUGGUCUGUUGUGCGCUGGAAGAGCGUCUUCUGCACCCUCCUCAAGUGGAACUCUUUCGACACCACCUCCAAACCGAAGCUCCUUUCCAACCGGGACCUUGUCAGUGUUAUUGAUGUUUUUCUUGACAAGGCAUUCCUCAUGGCCUCCGUUCCGCGCACAACCGAGACUACCUCAGUCAUCGAUCAGCUGGCAAUUUGUCUGGCGGCGUCAGCAAACCAUCUGCUAAAGUUAGUUUCCCUUCUUUUGGCGAUACCGGCGACUGUGGGUUUGCAGUUCUUCUUACUGUGUGUGUGUGUUGGUGCGUGUCUUUCGUGUGUUGCAGAUGCGCAGAGUCGACGGCGCAGUUGA